CUGCACGGAUUUAGGUGUAUCUAGAUUGUUUUGAGAGAUGAGCUGAAUGCUCUGCUAGCUUAGCUCCCAAUGUCUAAGUUGUUACUGGAAGAUAUGUACACGAAAAUGCCGAAGUUAGAGGACGGGCACCGACGGGACUUAAGGUCCAGUUGUUGAAUGCGUUAACUGGCACCUUUCACCAUUCAGGCAGCUGUUUAAAACAGGAUGCCAGAGAUGACCGAAACUAAGACACCUGGUCGAAAAUCCAAAAAGAAGAAAAACAAAGAAUCCCAUAAUGCAGUCGAAAGACACAGAAAGGAGAAAAUUAAUGCGGGGAUUAAUCGCAUCGGGAAUCUGCUGCCUUGUUCUCAGGCACUAAAACAGAGCAAGAACAUGAUAUUGGACCAAGCUUUUCGCUACAUUACUGAGCUGAAGAAACAAAAUGAUACAUUGCUUCUGGAAGGUGGAGAUAAAGCUCAAGCGGAGGAAAUUGUGCGGCUGCGCCGACAGCUGGACGACCUGAGGAAGGAGAGCGCUAACUACAUCGAGCUCCUCAAGGCUUAUGAUAUCAACCUUUUUGAGGACCCGACUAGUCACUGGAAGGGAAAACACCGCUGUGCCAAAGUGGCAAAAGUGACCCCUACCCACCAGUCCCCAAAGACCAUCGUUGUCCAUUCCAACGGCAAUGUGAUCGGCCCCGCAGGGAAACAGGCGAGCCCGGGAAAGAAGCCGUCCGAAACAGUUCAGCCACCGCCUGACACCAGAUUGCAAGUUAAUGGACCUCUGCUGCAGGUCAACCCUUCUUGCUCCGCCCCUGCACUUCUGCCAGGCUCAGCCGCCGCACCCGUUCAGUCUGCGUCAGGUCUGAGGGUGCUGGAGCAGUGUGUGGUUGAGACACCAGCUGUGGCCCCUUCUUUGCCGCCUUCUGUGUCUUACAUCACCCUCCAGAUCCCUGCGGCCACCACCUCCCUGCUUCAGCAGGCGCCGCCUGAUCCCCCGCCUCCCAUCAUCCCCGUAGUAGCAACGUCAGUCUCACAGCAUCCCACAGAAAGCAAUGCUCAGUCCUUGUCCACACGCAGCACGUCUACCCAAACUAUGACCUCCGCGUCAUCGUCGGGGAGCUGCCCUUUGGUGACGCAGGCCGCUGCCAUCAGGACCGUAAGUUACUCUGCGCUUCCUGCCAAUCAAACUGUUCUCAGAGCUGGGGCUGCAGGCAGCACACAGACCACCUGGACGACAUUGCAGAUGGCAGGAAACACAGUGCAGCCAGUGUGCCAGAGUCUCUCCUCCCCAGAGGUCAGCAGUACCGCCCAGGCGGUCCAGCAGGUCGCCGUUUGUCCCGUGGGCAGCAGACCCUCCGUUAACCCUGUUCAGAUACAGCUGCAGCCGCACGUGCCUGUACCGCGGGCACCCAUCACGACCCACAUCCCAGCCGCAGCUCUGAACCGGACACAGCCCGUCCUAAACGCCCAACCGCAGUGUGCCGUUCUACCCCAGUCAGCCAUCGUGCCGCAGCCAGCUGUGAUGGCUCGUCCAGCCGUCGUGUCACAGCCCCAGCCUGCUGUUCUGCAGCCAGCCUCACUAGUUCCUCAUCCUCCGACGGCCCUUAUCCCACAGCCUCAGCAAACCCUGGUGCCCCAGCACCAGGCGGCCGUACUGCCCCUCCUGCAGACCAUGCAGGUUCUGCAGGUCAACCCAGCUGCCGCUGCAUCGGGUGUCACGGCGCCUCAGAGCACAAACAGUCCAAGUGUUGUCAUCUUGCAGCAGGCCAGUGCCUGCCCCACCCAGCAGGUUGUGAGAGAGGACAUCUCUAAUCCAACCCCUUGCCAGCACAUAGUGAUCAUCCAAGCCCCCAGUCAGGCUGCACCUGCUCCCCAGAGCUCUCAGCUGAGCAUCGGUCCUCCUUCUCUCACUGCUGUUUCCACUCAGAUGCCGACCACAACCAGUUCCGCGGCUGCCCCUCCUUUGCAAAGUGUUGGGGGAAAGCAGCUCGUGCACAUUCUGCCUCGCCCCACCCAGCCUGAGGUAACCCACCCCCCGCAGGGCGGCCAGGAUUACUCUUCAUCUCCUGUCUCCACUAACCCACAAACGAUCACUGUGAAUGGCCAGGUGUUCGCUCUGAAGCCGGUAAAAACCUCUGACAAAGUGGGCUCCCAUCUCGGCCAGAGCACCCUCCAGCUGGUCCAGCCCACCUCCACUGAGGAGCCCACUACCAAUGUGGCCCUGGACAGUUUAGAGGCCCUUAGCAGUCUGAACCAGAGCAUAUCCCAAGGCCUCCCUCGCUCCACCCAGAGCGGCUGCCAGCUUCCACCUACGUCAUCAGCGGGUGUUAUAGCGCCGGUAUGCGGAGCCGCAUCUGCGCUACCUGCUCAGCAGCUGCCGCUUCCGUCAGGGAUGGCUGCCAGUGCCUCCAAGCCUUCAGGGAAAAAGCCCCACGCUGUUGUAAACACAAAGAGAGCAGCAGCUAAAAGGACUAAAUCUGCCAAAAAGAAGGAGCCCAAGACUGCAGAACGUGUUUUUCCUGCCAAAUGCACUGCUAAUGCUGCUGCUGCUAAUGCUGCUGGUGGUGGUGGUGGAGGAGAGAGCCAGACAGUUCGUGACACAGCAUCUCAAGUUUUACCGUCCUCAACAACCAAUCACCCGACAUGCACCACCACUGCAGAGCCCCGAGGCGCUAUAAGCGGUGCAACAUCAGGUCAGGACACACAACAGAUGGUGCCGUGCAGUUCGUCCAGCAGCCCCGUUGGGUUUAGCCCGACGCCGGACAGAAGCGCCGUCUGUGCGUCUCAGAGUGACUCGGCUGCGCCACAAGCUGUCAGCGCGACAGCCCUCAAGCCGCCGCCGAGCGGCUCGGCUUUUGCAGCUGAGACUAAAACGACUUCAGUUUCUGGCAGUAGCUCGGUUGUAACCAAGCUGUUGGUUUCAGAGGUUAAACAGGUAGCUGUUAGCGCCACACCUGUCGUAACGCAAAGCCUGCCGGCUGUCUCUGCUUCCAAGCAGAGCAAAUCCACAGUCCCCUCUGCAGCUGCCGCGGACGCCCGGGCAGCUUCUGCUGCUGUUUCUAGUCCGUGUUUGCCUCCAGCCUGCAUCCAGACUGCAGCGCCAGUGUUGCUAAAUCAGAAUGCCGACACGGCGCAACCGCCUGUCGCCCAGAAAUCAAAGCUGCUGGACCAGCCGUCCUCUGCCGAACCGGAGUCUCAGCCCACUGCUUCGUCCUCUGCUUCCGCCGCGCACGUACUCCCAUCACCCACGCCCGCCGAAUCAGCUCCAGACGCCUCUGUUGCCGUCUCCUCAUCAGCUGCAGAGAUGAAGAAAAGGGCUACUACUUCAAGAGCUCCUGCCCAGCAGACGGAAGUGAGCGUCCCCCAACACUCCUUGUGCCAUCCUGCAGAGGUCAAACCCACUCAGACAGCAAGGGCUGACAGGGACGCCCUGGAGGAGAGGCCUCCCACAGCGGUGAGAAAAGAGGGCUUGGUGGGGGCGACGCCCUCCGAAGCUCCCUUAAAAAAGGACUUCCCGCUGUCUCAACAGGUUUACACCAACCUAGACGACCAAGCAAUGGAGCAGAAUAUGACCCCGACCAGGCAGAGCGAUUCUCCACUGACCACAGGGGGGGCCGGAGGCAGAGGGUUCUCUGUAGCGUCAAUGCUCCCUCAGGGCCACGGCAUCGGCGCGUCGUCGGGCUCCUUCGGGUCGUUCGCGUUUACAUCCGAGCAGGCGGAGAUGCUCGCGUUGGCCAUGCUGGAGCAGGACAGCCCCGAGAGGAGGAGUGGGGGGUGCUCGGGGGACACCGCCGCUUCGGCUGCCUGGGACCCCCCCAAAACGCCGCCCGUGUCCGCCGGCAGAGACAGAGCCCCGGCCGGCCAGCAGGGCAAGACAAACAAAGCGGCGGAGCAAAGCGCGGCCAAACACGGCGAAGCGUCCGUCGGUGGGCCGAGCAGGCACCCGCAGAACGUCACCUACUCUAAGCCCCAGCCUCUGCCUCCAGGGCAGUCUCAGAGUUCAACCCAAGGCGGGACAGCCGCCAGCCUCAGCGUCAACAACCUGAUCAGACCCAGCUCCGGUCACCAGCCCUACCCCAGCUCCCCCAGUCUGACCGCCCAGCAGGGCUCGGCUCCUUCUCCGGCGGCGGCGGCGGCGGCGGCGUCUGCUCACAUGUCCCAACCCUCGAACAACGCCAUCUCGCCCUGCUCCGGCACGGCCCAAGCCGUAGAGUACAGCGCCUUGAAAAACGCAUCGAUAAGAGGCCCGCCUGGAAACGUGGUAGGCGAGCGACACGUGAAGAUCGUCUCCAAAAGGCAAGCCCAGGAAGAAGUGAUGUUGAACGCGGGAAAACGACCCAAACCUUGCCCCGCGCCGGCGAACGCAGUGGGCCACAUGGAUGUGAAGGCACCCGACCACGGCCAGAUCAUGGUGGGGCAGCUGCCGGCCACGUCCUCAGCCGUCAUGACUCGGAUCAAUUCAGACAGCGGGGGCCCUCUCUUCUCCGCAAACUCCUUCAUGAGUUCGGCAGGCCGCCCCACAGACGCCCACUGUCCUGCCCAAGGGCCCCCCGAGCAGAACCAGGCAGGCGGGCUUCACCUGCCGCAGGGUCACCCGCAGCACUCUGUGAGCCAGGCCGGCCAGCAUCUGGGAGGGAACAUCUACAUGAAACAGCAGCAGCAAGAGCAGCAGAGACACCAUCUGUAUCACCUGCAGCACCACCUGACCCAAUCUGACCCCACGCAGCGCCACUCACUACACCAGAGGGCGCUGCAGGAGCAGCAGCAGCAGCAUGUCCAGAAGAAGCGGGGCAUCGUCAGAGGCAAUCAAACUGGCUCACCUGCUGGCCUGCAGCAGAAGCAGCAUCACCUGGAAAAGACUGGGAUCCAUCAGCAUCAACAUCAGCAGCAGCAGCAAUCCCAGCAUCAGCACCAACAGUCCCAACAGCAUCAACAGCCAACACAGCAUCAAGCUUCUCAUCAACAACAACAACAACAACAGGGGCACCAGCAGCCUCCCCAGGCUCAGCAUCAACAGCAGCUGCAGCAGCAGCAGCAGAACUCCCAUCCCAGACAUGCUCAGCAUUUACAGCAGCAGAUCCAGCAGCAACCGCAGCACUUUAGGCACCAGGAGAAGACGUGUGAGGCCCAGUCAUUGGGAUCCAGGGCCCACCACAACACCCACUUGGCCCAGCAGGACCACCUCAAGCAGUCCGGCCAGGACCAUAACGCUAUGCAGAGGAUGAUGAGCUCCAGGAGCCUGGAGCAGCAGCUCAUCUCUCCGUCCACCAACACAGUGUCUCGUUCGUCCGAGCUGGCCUGCGCUCCGUCUCGCCAGGAGCGGCACCGCGUGUCAAACUACUCCGCCGAGGCGCUCAUUGGGAAAAGCUCCACUAGCGGCGAACACCAGCAGCGCAUGGCUCUCCAUCUUCAGCCCGGUCGCGGUGCCACCCAGGAGCAACCCGACCUGCGCAGCUACCUGGAUACGUCACGGGGGAAGGCCGGCAUCGCGCACAAUCCUCAGAACCGCCAUUCAUCGGACCACUCCACACCCGGUGAUCAGCGCAUCUCCGAGUGUCAGACCUACAAGGCAAUGGGGGGCGGCGGCGGAGGAACGCACCAGCUCGGCGGUUUUGAGACUCAGGUCUCUCGCGGGAGUGAUAUGGCCCCCAAAGCGGUGCCUCCCUCUCAGCGGGGCCCUCAGGGGCAGCAGCAGGGAGGGUUCAGGAUGAGCGUCGGCCCCCCGGCAGAUGUGAGAAAUCGCGGCAGCUACAGCGGACCCCAUUCUGGCCCUCAGGGAGUACAGGUUGGCCCUCCGCUGCCGCAGGGACAGGAAGGCUGCCACCAGGGCUUCAUGCACAGCCUCCUUUCGCCACACCUUCCUGAGCAGACCAACCAUCAGCGAGGGGUUCAGUGCUGCCCGCCUGUCAGCAUGGAGUACAGCUGUGUGCCUGGGAGCUCCUCAGGGGACGUCCAGGCCAAGGCCUCCAGUCCCAGCGUGCCUCAGUCUCAGAAGGCUCCAGCUAUGCGACUUGCAGAGGGCAACAAGGGCCACAUUUCUCAGGUCAGCAGCAAUAUGCACCCGGGGCCCGGAGUUCGAGCAGGUCUGCCCCACCCACCAACCCCCCACAGCAGCUCUGAGCCAGGCCGCUCCUCUGCCAUCUCCAGACCUCCGCCCGCUGUCAGCCAGCAUUCUCGCCAUAUUCCCCGAGACGCUCAUCUCGCCAAACUGAGACCCAGCGACAGGCCUCGACCGGGAGCUCUGAGACCCACCAACCCCUUUGAGCCCGAGGGCCAUUUGCCCCUGCCCUCGGGGGGAGGGGUGCUGCUGGGCCGGCCUCAGUCUGGAGGGGAGAACCGCCGCAGCGCCAUCGUGCGCUUCAUGGCUGACAGCGCGCAGGUACCCAGUGACAACAACCUUGUUGCCGAUCAACACCUAGCGCAGAACUUUGGGUUCCCCUUCAUCUCAGAGGGAGGAAUGAAUCCUCCUCCCCCCAUCAACGCGAACUCUACUUUUAUCCCACCGGUGAGCCAACCCAGCACCUCCCGCACGCCGUCCCUCCUCCCCGUGGAGCCCCAGAACACUUUACCCUCCUUUUACCCCUCUUACUCCCCAGCGGCUCACCCCAGCCUCCCCAGUGAUGUCACUCUCCAGUACUUUCCCAACCAAAUGUUUACAAGCCCGAGCGCCGACAAGGCCAGCGCCCCUCCUCUCAACAACAGAUUCGGCUCCAUCCUCUCCCCGCCACGGCCCGUAGGGUUCGGUCAGCCUAGCUUCCCCCUGCUCCCGGAUAUGCCUCCCAUGCCGUCGUCUGGAAUCACCCCACACAUCUCCAACUUCAGCCUCACGUCGCUGUUUCCCGAAAUCGCUACCGGCAUGCCCACAGACGGCACAGCCAUGCCAAUGUCCCCCCUGCUGUCGCUCGCCAACACGUCGUCCGCUGACUCUGGCAAGCAACCCAAUCGUCCCGCCCACAACAUCAGCCACAUUUUGGGCCAUGACGGCAGCUCGGCCGUGUGACAAGUUCCAGUCUGAAUGCCUUUUUUGGAACGGCUCUUCAGGAGCAAUUACGUUUUCUGUUUUGAAAUGCGUAGUUUCUUUCAAUGUUAAAGAAAGCAGUGGUGAAGUAGGUGACGUGAGGGGAUUUUGUUGUUUACAUGUCCACUCAAUUUCAGUUUAAAUGUCUUUUUCUUUUUUUUCUUUUUUUACAUAUUUAAUAUCAGCUUAAUCAUUUAAAAUUUUCAGAAGGCUUUGUUAUUCGAUGGAAAUGUAAGCCCUGAACGCUCCAUUUUGAAUCGUUAAACUGACUGACUGGUUCUAGAGAACAUUUUCAAGUCUAAAACUACAUUUUUUUGGGGGGGGGGGUUCGGGUCAGGGGGGUGAAAAGGAAAUCUUCUGCACAGUUACUAAUUUAAUUUACUAACUUAUCAGGUUGUACUGUACAGAUUUUUUUCCAAGAGCUAUUUUGUAAAUACCAAUAUUUCAUAUCAAAGUUGCUAGAUUAUGUAUUUGUAAAUACAAAAAUUGAUAAAUAAAAUUUAUAAGGAUAACUUUAUAGUUA